AUGGCAAGGGGCACGAGUUGGGAGAAAGGGAACGGGUAUGAGGCUGGGUUCUGUGGGAGUGGGGUAGAAAAAACCAGAGGGAGGGGGCAAUGGGUCUUGAUGGGGAAAGAAUGGAGCAAAGAAGAAAUCGGGGAGGUGAAAGAAAUCAGUGGGGUUAGGGGGAAAGGGGGCCACGGUGAGUUUUUAUGUUCUACUCAGGGAGAGUGGGUUGUCAAGGGAGGGGGCGAUAGGUUUCUGGGUUCUGUGCAGGGAGGGGGUGGAUUGAGGGUUGCGGGGGAGGAAUAG